UAGUCUUACAGAAGUUACAGAGACAAGUGAUGUUUUCAGAUCUAACUACUUUAUGCCAAGUCAAUUAUAUGCGAAAUGGUAGUUUUGUCCUACAGGUCUUACAACAAAAACAUUCCAUGUGCGCUUCCAAUAAUGCAGUAAGAAUGAGAAAGUUAUUUUCACAAUAUAUUUUUUAAAUAUGUCAUUUUGAUGAUCAAAGAUAAGUUUUAAGGGAUAAAGUAUUUAAUUUUAUAUUUAUUUUACCCCUUUUGUGUUGUUUUAGCCUACUACUUAGACAAUUAUUUAAGGUAUAAAACAUUGUUAUUUAGCUACAAUAGCUACACAGCGUGGUUUUUAAUCAUAUUUUAAGGGGACAGCCCUCAGAUAGGCGAAUAUGGGUAAUAAUAAUGAUUUAUCUUGCUUCGCUUUCAAUCACGUGUUCUUUCUGAGACUAGUGUUUUGGCAAAGAGCCGGUCUGACGUCAAGGCUUCGACUCACAUAGCAGCAGACAGGUCCCUUAAACCCGCCCACACUCAAAACACGAAGCAGUCCCUUUUCUCACUUUCUCCGUGGUUUUCGAGUCUUCGACAAGCUGGGGCGAAGCACAUGAGCGUCAAGCAAACUGGAAAUGUAACGCAUUUGACUGCAGUCGUGCAGACGUUCAGUUUCGGACCAUGUACGCACGGAUGGAGCGCUUCCAUCACACAGACGUCGGGCAGAUUUGAAAGGCAUCGGCCGAGAUGCACCGUGGCUGCUGUUACCAAGCGCCGAUCUAUAGUGAUACCGGCCGGGAUUUAUCAUGGUUUUCAGACGGUCUUCUCGGAGAAUGCGGUGGUUGCGAUGUUAUCGGAUGGGGCCCAUAUGGAAAGCACUCCUGGUAUUUGUUCUCAUUGCUUUUGCCGGACAACUUCUGGGAGUCAUCUUCAACAAGAGCUGGAUGCAGACAGAGAGACCUCACUCCCUCUACUAUCUUCCCUCUGAGAAUUCCCAAGGGGAGUCUCUGGGGUCUUGUCAGCCCAGCAUCCACAUCAUGUUCCUGAAGACUCACAAGACCGCAAGCAGCACAGUUCUCAACUUGCUCUAUCGCUUUGGAGAGGAGCGGGGCCUUAAAUUUGCCCUGCCCAUGGGGUAUCAGUUUGGCUACCCACUGCCCUUUAUUGCCCUGAGGGUGAAAGGAUACAGAGGAUCUCACCUGGCAGAAUUUGACAUUAUGGGAAAUCAUAUGCGGUUCAACAAACCAGAGGUUGAGAAGGUCAUGCCAGCUGACACCUUCUAUUUCUCCAUCCUCCGAGACCCUGUUGCGCUAGCCGAAUCCUCCUAUGCCUACUAUAAAAAUGUUGCCCCUGCCUUCAGGCGUGUCAAAGGACUGGGUGAAUUUGCAGACAACCCCUAUAAGUACUACGACCCCAGACUUCGAAACAACCAUUAUGCCCACAACCUGAUGUGGUUUGAUUUUGGUCUGGAUCAUACCUCCAACUUCAGCUUUGCGCUGGUCAAGCGCGGUGUGGCAGCAGUGCGUCAGAACUUCAAGCUCAUCCUUAUCUCAGAGUAUUUCGACCAAUCUAUGGUGCUGCUCCGCCAUGCUCUGUGCUGGCCGUUAGAUGCUGUGGUUUCCUUUAGCCUGAACGCCAGGCAGCAGAUGCCCCGUGGAAGAUCAGGAUGGGUGGGCAAGGCUGCAGCUCCAGCUCCUUUGGCAUUAACAGACAAGCAAAGAUCGAAAUUACGUGAAUGGAAUGCACUAGACUGGCACCUUUACCAAGCUUUUAAUCUCACUUUCUGGCAGGAAGUCGAGCGAUUCGGGCGCAGUCGAAUGGAGUCUGAGGUGGCCUUGCUGAGGACCAAACGGGAGGUUCUCACUCGCAUCUGUUUGCGUGAUGGGGGCCGCCUCGUAGAGGCCAGUCGCAUCCGUGACAAGACCAUCCGCCCUUUCCAGAGUGGAUUAGUGAAGAUCUUGGGUUACGAGUUGCAGUCGGGACUAGAUAAUGCCACGUGGGAAGCUUGCCUACGCAUGAUCAGGCCUGAGAUACAAUACAAAGACUUGCUGGAUCUUCGGCAGUUCCCCCGAGCCCAGCAACCCCCAGCCGCUGGAGGGCUUCCAGUAAAGAGAGAGUCCUCAGUACUCAGGACUGAAGACCAUGGGGGAAAGAGGUUGGUGGAAAAGGACUGGGAUGGGACCAUUCUGUUUCGGAAUCUAACAUUGGGUCAGGUUGAUUCAAAAGUAAGACUUAGAUAGUGAGCUAGUUGCACCUUUUUGCCUCAAGGUCAGUAGUUCUGACCCAUUUUGGCUCCACAGGCCUCUGUGCUGCACUACUAGAGGAGAAGGGAUAUCCAAGACAUACAACACACCACUUUGUCAUUGACUUUUCCUUCCUCCAUCUUGCCCAUCUACAUUCUAUUUUAUAGAAAACAACAUUUGUUGAAUGUUCAGCAUUUGUUGAAUGUGCAAAGUGGUUUGUGAUUAGAUGGCAGUGGCUAGAAUGAUAUAAUGGUACAAACAUGCCAGAUGAUGGCUAAAUGCACAAGCUCGCUGUCGGUGAGUUUGUUAUUGGGAAGAAGUGAGAAAAUGCUGUUUCCCUGUCUGUGAAGAGCCAUGGUAUAGUACAAAAAAAACAUAGCCGUGCAUGUAGUUGCAUUGUUUCAAACAUGCUGCCAAAACCCCACUUUCAAACAGAUACGUUACAGGUACGUUAGUGUUCAAAAGUUUGGAGUCAAUAAGAUUAUUUUUGAAUUUAAUACUUUCAUUGAGCAUGCAUUAAAUUGAUCAGAAGUAACAGUAAAGGCAUUCAUUAUGAUUUAAAAAAAAAUCGAAUACAUUUUGUUCUUUUGAACUACAAGAAACAAUUAUAUUAAAUUGUAAUAAUAUUUCACAUUACUGUAUUUUUAUAAAAUAAAUGAAUCAUUUGUGAACAUAAGACACUUCUUUUGAAAAUGUUAAAAAAGUGUUACCAACCCCCAAAUUCUAUGUAUGCUUGAGCAUCCAAGGAAAUAACAAUGUGGUAAUGGAAGUGUAUUUGAAUUUGAUUAUAGUACACCAUGGAAAUCCAUUCGCUACCAUGAUUCCACAAAAGUGCAAUCACAGACGAUUCAUUGUCUGGAUCACGAGAUUCAAACAGUGGUACUUUUCAGAGUUGCUGGAAUUUUAUUUUAAAUCCGUUUAUAUGGGUAAUUGUUCAACAGGAAUUUUUAUUUCUUUCUUUUCUUUUUUAGAAGGGAUGGGUUGAUUUCUAUGCCACACACAUUUUUCAGUGACACAGUAUAAGCUAAUACGCUCUCAUGGUUCUGUGAGAACAACAUCUCCAGUUUUUAAUACUGUGAAAUAAUAUGACCUUUCAUCAAGUGAUUGGCCAUUGCGCUUCCUGUAACAGUCUGUUUACCUAUCGAUAGCUACUUGCUAGAGGUUGAUAUUUUAGCUUUUUAUUUUGAUGUUUUCAAUUUAAAAAAAAAAUCAUAGAUGGUGAAUGUUCACUGGCAUGGUCAAUGCUGUUAUUUCUGAGGCCUGUCAUAAACAUUUUAAAGAUCAGAACACCUGAAAUUCCAAAACUCAAUGGUUAUUAUGCCUUACAAUUCAUACCUUUGUGAAGCAGUGCUUUAAUAUCAAAGUUUGCUGUAUUUAUUAUGCUUUUGUAUACAUUUCUCUGUGUAUCUACAGCAUUUAUAUUCUCAAACUACUACAAACUGUUUUUUUCUCUUAUUGCGUGUGCUGAGAAAAUGUACUGUAGAAAUUUGACUUGAAUGCACUGUGCAAAUUGCCCCAUGUUACGGACAGCCAGCUUUUUUUAUGUAGAUUUCAAUGCACAGAGUAAGACGACAUCUAACAUUACCAGUGAUUUUAUUUCCUCUGUUUUAAGUAAGACGAUAUUGAAAUGAAGAAAACACUAGUAUGGUCACUGUUGUUUACCUAUUCAUGUGCAUAAUUUAAUGUAGAGUUAGGAUUUAUAUGCAUGGAUUUAGUUAGCAAUCAUUUCCUUGUAUUAUUGAUAAACAACUGCAUAACAUGCAUUUUAAUACCCCAUUCCAUUCUAGUUUGGACUGUAUUAUUGCCAAUUAAUUAGUCUUUAUCUUUGAUUUAUCUUUCCUUUCCCAGUAGCUUUCAUGGUUGCAGCUCACAUUAGUUUUUUUUUCAGUGAAUAUGGAGUAAAAGAACACGCAUUUAACUGAUUAUAUUUCACAAAAAAGACUCCAUUUGAAAGACCGUGAUUCGUUUUUAUCAUAUAUGUUUUUCUUUAGAAACGUUGGUGGAGAAUUUAAUGUUUCUUCCAUUAAAAAGAAAAGAGUAAUGCUAUUACUGUGAAUCAUGUUUGCAGAAAUCCACACUAAAUUAAGUGUGAUUAAUUUAAGCAAUGAUUUUCUGUUCAGCUUGAGAUGUAGAACUUUUACACUCGCUCACCUCGUUUUAGAGAAAACUGUAAUGAGUCUGGCAAUAUUGUGCUGUAAUACCUGCGUGUUAUACGAAUCAGUGUCUCCGUGACUCUUUAGGUAGAUUAACUAUGGUACUGUAAUUUAAAAAUAAACCAAAGAGGUACAGAUGUUUCUGUGCUUGGAAACUUGAUAUAUCAGAAAUUGGCACAGUUUUUCAUUACAUUCAUUGACCAGAAAAUUGAAUCAGAAGGAGUGCAAACGGGCAAAUUCAGCCUAGGGUCUGUGUCAACUAUCAUCUCAUAAGAAAAAAAAAA